AUGACUUCCCAGCCCAAGAUCCUCCUUCUAGGAAAUAUUACCCACGCGAAGGAAAAAUGGAAUGCGCUAAGUGAAGUGGGGCAGCUGGUAGAGCAUAACGCAACCAACCGUGAAGAAUUUCUUCAAGUGUGCCGUGAUGGGAAGCUUGAUGGUGUUGUUGCCAUCUACCGCACCUUCACCUCAGCCAGUAUCACAGGCCUGGUCGAUGAGGAGCUUGUAAAUGCGCUGCCAAGCUCAUUAAAGUAUAUUGCGCACUGCGGAGCUGGAUAUGACCAGAUCGAUGUUCAUGCUUGUAGUGCUCGCAACCCCCCUAUUCGAGUAUCCAACGUGCCUACUGCUGUGGACGAUGCCACCGCCGAUACGAACAUGUUCCUUAUUCUUGGUGCCCUACGAAACUUUAACACUAGUAUGCACGCUCUACGUGAGGGCAAAUGGCGAGGCUCACCCCCACCACCUGUUGGACACGAUCCCCAGGGUAAGGUUUUGGGUAUCCUCGGUAUGGGUGGUAUCGGACGUAACUUGAAGAAGAAGGCCGAGGCCUUUGGCAUGACUGUUAUCUACCAUAACCGUCGUGAGCUGAGCGAGGAGCUUUCCGGUGGGGCCAAGUACGUAACAUUCGAUGAGUUGCUAUCGACCAGCGACGUACUGAGCCUGAAUCUGCCGUUGAAUAAAAACACCCACCAUAUUAUUGGUAAACCUGAGUUUGCCAAGAUGAAGGAUGGAGUCGUUGUGGUCAACACUGCGCGUGGCGCUGUCAUGGACGAGGCCGCACUUGUGGAUGCUUUAGACAGCGGCAAGGUGUUCUCUGCCGGUCUGGACGUCUUUGAGGAGGAGCCUAAGAUUCACCCUGGGUUGUUGAGAAAUCAAAAUGUCAUGCUAGUUCCUCAUAUGGGUACAUGGACUGGGGAGACGCAAAACGCGAUGGAGGAGUGGGCGAUUGACAAUGUGCGCGUCGGAAUCGAAACCGGAAAGCUCAAGAGCCCAGUUCAAGAGCAGGCGAAUCUGUAG